AUGGCACGGCCAAGCUUGAAGGUUCUCAUCAGCGGUGCAGGUAUUGCCGGCAACGCACUCGCGUUCUGGCUGACCAGACUAGGUCACGAUGUCACUGUCGUUGAGCGCUACCCUAUCCUACGCACCUCAGGGCUGCAGCUCGACCUACGUGGCCCUGGCAUCGAGGUGCUGAGACGGAUGGGCCUCGAGCAGGCCUUUCGCGCCAAGUCUGCGCCCGAGGAAGGGAUGCAGAUUGUCGACUCCAAGGGCAGACAACGUGCCUACUUCCCAGCGUCAGAAUCUGGUGGAAAAGACAAGCAGAGCCUCACCAGCGAGUUCGAGAUCAUGAGGGGUGACCUGUGUCGUCUCUUCCAUGAUGCGGCCACGAAGCCGGCCCGCAACAAUGGGGCCAACUAUAAGUUCAGCACGGCAAUCGAGAGCUUCGAGCAGGACGAUAACUCGGUAGAGGUUCGUUUUGAGAACGGCGAGACGGGCCGAUACGACCUCCUAGUCGGGGCUGAUGGUCAGUGGUCACGCACGCGGAGGAUGAUGCUUGGUCUGGAGGCUGGCAGUGACGGACUCCCGCACGCCGACGGACUACACCCGGUCGAAGGACUGUACUUUGCAUACUUCACCCUGCGUCGACCUAUCCAGGAGGAUGAGAAAUACAUUGGGACCUCGUACCUUGCUCCCGGAAAGCGGGGCAUCAUGACACGGAGGCACAGCCCGUAUGAAAUGCAGGUGAUGCUCUCGUGCAAGACCGAUUCCAACCGUCUGAAGAAUGCUCGGCGGGGAGAUGUGGAGGAAGAGAAAAGGGCAUUCGCAGAGAUCUUCCAAGGAGCCGGAUGGCAGUCCGAGGACCUGGUGGAGUCUAUGAGGGAUGCGGAUGACUUCUAUUGCGAGCGGCUGGGCCUUGUCAAGCUGCAGCCAUGGUCCCAAGGCCGUGUCACACUCGUUGGAGACGCCGCAUACUGCCCAACGGUCCUCACUGGCAUGGGGACUACAAGUGCCGUGGUCGGUGCUUAUAUUCUGGCUGGCGAGAUUGAAAAAUCUUGUGGAACACCACGAGGAGCAUCCCUAUCGAUGGCUCUCAAAGCUUACGAAACAAAGUUCCGGCCUUUCAUGACCGGAUUGCAAAAGGGUGUACUAGAAAACUCGUCACGCCAAUGGGACAUGCUAGGGUCAGCCUUCAGUGUUGCCGUCAUAAACUGGGUUUUCAGUGUGGCCUCGUACUUCAGGCUGGGGGGCUGGAUAUUCGGCAUUAAUGAGACCGUGAAGGGAUGGGAGCUUCCUCAGUACGAGGGGAUGCUGCGUGACUAG